AUGGCUGGCCUUCGAAGAUCCAAGCGACUGGAGUCUUGCAGUCAACCUGACCAAGACAAAGUCACCAAGAUCGCAAAAACGUCAAAGAAUCAGGAAAAGGUCGUUCCAGAGAAAAACAAAAAGACUGGGGGAAGCGCCAUGGUAGAACCGUCGGACCCAGGAGUCGACGGGUCAUCGCUGGAUGAUGCAUCCCCAAACGAUCCAGAGCUGAACGAAGCACAGCAGACGGCUGAGAAACUGGAGGAGGGUCUUGGAGACUUCCAGAUGGCUCUUCAGCGGAUAAUAGGUUUGGGGCAGCAACAAAUUGAGAUUUUCUGGACGUGGGACUCCCUUCAUGGUUGCAUCAUGAAAUUCGCGGAGGUAGCUGGUUUCAGGGGCCUCCCCUGGGACAGUCUUGAUGAAGCCGCUCGGCAAAAGUUCAUUGCCUAUUCGCCUCAUGCCCAACAGCUCUUUGAGACAACUCGCAUAUCUCAGUAUAUGUUUGUACGUUGGAUCUGGGAGAUCAUAGAUGAGAACUUUUUCUCUAGAAAGAGUCAGGACAUUGAGUGGACGUCGCCAUAUUGGGAAGCUCAAGCCACGAUGGAGCGCAUCUUACGGGAGAAAAACUUCAAUUACGACCGAAACCCCCAGACUUUCCAGUACCCCAACUGGCGAUACACCACAUUCGAGUUCUAUUUCUCCCUCGGGGAAGUGCACGGAUCCGAAAAUAGGAUUGAGCCGGACUGCGUGGUCAAGAUCCUGAAGAAAGCGCUUGGCCAACACUUCCCUGAGAAUCCUGACCCCUUCUGUAAAGAGACGCUCUCAAAUCUCACCAAAAAGGUUGUCAAUUUCGAGCUCAUGUUCGACUAUGGUCGCUUUACAAUUCGGCAUGUCUUUCAUGAUCCCAAGACCAAGGGGGCAUAUGGAUUUCCAUUUUCGGCCCAAGUCGAGGGAUUCAACGGACAGGUGAUGAAUUCAAUUGACUACGACGAUGCUACAGACGAAGGUCGGCCUGUCGAUCUGGUUGUGUCGCCUAUGCUGGUGUUUUAUGGGCAUCACAGGGGAUUUGAUUACCACGUUGCGACUGUCGCAUUUCCUAUGCGAGUGUGUGUUGGAUACCCCGGCGGCUUUGACCAGGACGAGGUGAUAGAGACGGAGGAGGACGGAGAGGGGGACGGAGAAGAUGAGGUGAAGACGAUCAAGGACGAGGAUCGCCUCGACCCCCAGUCCGGCUCGUUCCCAUUCAUCACCAUGGCCCUCCAACCCUGCCGCUCCAGCCUCUGGCGGAGUAGACAUGCCGCCCGAACCCUCAUGCCUUGCGUGCGCACCUACGCUACCGACUCGACACCCGAAUCCUUCAAGACCAAGAGCCCUUCUUCCUCUGGUCUCGUGCCACGAUGGAGCCAGACGCCUGCUGCCAUGAAAGCGCCUCUGCAACUCGACUGGGCAAAGAAUCCUCAGAACAAGGUCUGGACUGUCAACAACGAUCCCCAGAAGUUGGACGAGGUGUACGAGCGUCUACUGGGCCCUGGUGGCAGCAAACUUCUGCCCGAGGAGCUCAAGUGGCUGGCUGUUACGCAUAAGAGCUUUGAUCAGGGAAGAAGAGGAUUCAACGACCGAUUGGCGCUUCUAGGACGAAUGACUCUUGUCAUGGAGACGACAAAGACAAUUGUUGCCCAAGAUCCAAUGGGAGCACCCAAGUUCGACGACGGAUUUGACCGCCAGCCAUUCAUGCAUCCAAAUCUGCAAACAGUAGACAAUCUUUCCAUCAAGGGACCCAAGGACGUUGUCGGCAAGGAGAGACUAUCUGGCUUGGCAGCUGAAGUGGGAUUAAUCGAUGUUGUGCGGUGGAAGCCCAAACAGGUGCAAAAGCUCAGAGCUUCAGGUGCCGACGUUGUGCUCAACGGUGCCAUCAUGGCCAUUAUUGGUGCCGUCACAUUGCAGCAUGGAGCAGUAGUGGCAUCGCAGGUUAUCAGAGAGAGGAUACUCUCAAGACUACAGGAUUGA